GGCUUCCUCUUCCGACCCUUCUUCUUCUUCUUCUUCUUCUCUGUAUUUUAUUCCAUUCUUCUUUCUCCAUAAUACACAUAUACGGUCACAGUCCUUCUCCUUCUUCCUCCCUCUCUCUUUUCCAUUUUCCUUUUCUUCUUUUUUUUUUUUAGGGGUUCCCACCACUGUGUGCCCUUCUUAAACCCCUCUUUAACCCUAUUUCCUCUGUUUCUAAUCUUUCUUUUUCUUCUGAUUUGACUGGGACCCUUUCCGCCGCUUCAAACCCUACUCAUAUUCACUCUCCUUCUUCUUCUUCUUCCCUCUUUUUAUUAUUAAACCUUAACCAAGCCGCAAAACACUAUCUCAAAUAUACUCUUCUGCUUUCACUCCUCUCUCUGUUUUCUUUUUUGGUCUACUCUCGAUAACUAGUCCUUGUUCUUUGUUUCUUCUCUUUUUUCCUUUGGGGGUUUGCUUUUUAAGCUUUCUGUAAUGGCUGAGAGUUUGGAUGAUGGGGAGUUUUGGCUUCCUCCUAAGUUUCUUAACGAUGAUGACUUGUUCAUUGAGGAAAAGUGUGGGGGUAAUGAUCUUAAGAGUGGGAGAAAUGGUGUUGGGUUGUACCCAUUUGGGUCUUUUGGGUUUACUUCUGAUCUCGGUUCGCCGGUUGAAUCUCUGGUUGGUUCCAGCGAAACAGAGAGUGAUGAGGAGGAAUACAUCGCUGGAUUGACGCACCGAAUGACGCGUUCCACUCUGGAGGAUGGUUUUGGACUUGACAACUCUCACGUUUGGGGAUCUUCUGGUUCACCACAGUCAACGUUGUGCGCCAUGGGAAGUGGAUGCGGCUGUAAACAGAGCUCUAGCAGGGGAAGCCCCAAUGGACAUUACCAAGCUUCUCAUCCACAGCUAACUUUGGAUCUACUCUAUGCUGCUGCCGGUGAAGUCUCGAAGAUGCGGAUGAAUGAAGAAGCGUACGGUUUUAUUAACUCUUGUGGACCUCUUGCUCCGCCUAGAAAGCCUUCUCCUGUCUCUGUUCCGCUCAAAAACCGCGAACCCGACGUCGAGGUUUACCAGCAGCUGCAGGCUUCUCAAUUUCUGCAUCUGAGACGACAGCAGCUUAUCGAGCAAAUGAACUCGGCCGCUCGUGUGGGACAAACAAAGGGCACUGUGAGACAACCUCAACCCCAAAUGCCGCAAAACAGAGGAAGAAAUAACGAGUUCUUUAAUGGUAGAAACUGCCGCUCCGCAACUACUGGCUUACCGUCCCAACCCACUUGGGGGGCUCCUCCUCGGAAACAACACACUGUGAAUCCCCCAACGAACGGUUCUGGCAUGAGAGCGGUAUUUCUAGGCGCUCCUGGCGGGAAGAGGGAAUGCGCCGGUACGGGGGUGUUUUUACCUCGACAAGCCGGCGCUGCCAUCUCUGAAACACGCAAGAAACCAGCUUGUUCGACUGUUUUGGUUCCUGCCAGAGUGAUGCAAGCCCUGAAUCUGAACUUAGACGACAUGUACGUUCAACGUGUUCAUCCCCCACAACUUCAAUCUCGUUCGCCUCCAGUUUUCAACGCAGGGAAGAACGAUGUUUCUGUAAGGAACAGAAGUGAAAGUUUACAGCAGAAGGGAAACCUCCGAGCGGCGGUGCCGGCAGUAAACCAUGAGAUUGGGCUUCCACAAGAGUGGACUUACUGAAGCGACAAACACCGCCACUAUAGAAUAAAGAAAAAAAAGAAAGGGGGGCGGUGAUUAGAUAUUUACUAACUGCUGUGUUAAAUUUUAGGGGAAUUAAAAGGGUAGAUUAAGAUAAAAGAAAAGUUAAUGAAGGUUUGUUAGAUUUUUAAUGGGUUAUUAUUAUAGGGAAUAGAGUAUUUGUUUAACAGGAAAAGAGGGUAAGAUAAGAAGGGAUUGAGGAAGGUGUUUCUACGGAAGAAAAAAGAAAGGAAAAGAAAAAGUGGUUUUUGGUUUUUUUUGGGGAUUAGGGAUUUUAGAUUAGAAGAUAGAAAUAAACUUGUGUUUAAGUUUUUGGGGGGUGGGGAGUGGGAGUGGGAGUGGGAAUGGGAAGUUUAUUGUUUAAUUUUAAUUUUGGGGCUGAAAAAGCCAACUUAGAAAUGAAUGUAAUGGGAAAGAGAAGAAAAGGAAGACAAAAAGAGGGGUUUUUCCUUUUCUUUUAAGUUUUUGGUGUUAGAAAAAAGGAGGGGUUUAUUAAGUAAGUUGGCUUCUUUUGUUUUGUUGUGAAGGGCAGAUUAGGAACUUUGUUUUGGAUUCUAAUUUGUACCCUCCUCUCCUCCCCUCCCCUCUCCUCUCCUCUCCCCAUGCACUAAUAAAAUAACAUAUAUAACAAAUAUUUUACUUUA